CAGACACAAACUUGAAAGAUCCAUCAUGGCAGCCAAAGACACAAUAAGAAACAAUAAAACGGAAAUUGUGGCAGCUUUGUGUGGAGACCGCACUCUAAUCCUCAACAAAGUUCAACAGAAAGGUCUCAUAACUGGACGUCAAUACAUCAACCUCAAAGAGAUCCCAGGAAAGAAUGCAGAGGGGCACGUCAUUGAAUUAGUGGAUACGAUCAUGAAUAAAGGAGAGCAGACCUGUCAGAACUUCCUGGAACUCCUGCAAACUGAUGAAGAGAUUACCUCGACUUACUCAAACUUGAGUAACAUACAAAUGAACAUCAGCAUGUCACCUACGCCUGUCCAAGCAACUCCAUCAGUUAACAGAGCUGUUGGAUCACAAGGAAGUGCAACUCAAGAAAAGGAGCUGUAUCAAUUGAAGAGCCAGCCUGUCGGCCUCUGUGUGAUCAUAAACAACGAGAAAUUCGAGAAAGAUCCGAGAAAAGGAACCGACAAAGACGCUGAAAGUUUGGCAGAGGUGUUCAGCUGGCUGGGGUUCAGAGUCCUGAUGUGUAAAGACCAAAACAAGGACCAGAUGCAGAAAUUACUGCAAUACUUUGCUUCUCCAGGCGACUUGUCUCGGCUGCAGGAGUUCAGUGCAAAGGAGUGGUUUGGCAGGGGAUUCAUUGAUCCUCAGAAGGCUCCUGAGCAUGGCGAUGCCUUCAUCUGCUGUGUUCUGAGUCACGGAAAAUUGGGGGAAGUUUCAGGGAUUGAUAGAGAGUACCUCUCCAUUAAAGAAAUAACUAGAACAUUCAAGGCGACAAAAGAUUCAGCCCUCACCGGCAAACCCAAGGUGUUCCUGAUCCAGGCCUGCCAGGGGAGCGAGCUACAACAAGGAGUGCCAUUACCAGAUGUGCAGUGUGAUGGUUCUGAACCAGUAACCACUGGUCUGUUUACUGAUGUUCUGGUUUUCAUUGCCACCGUUGAAGAUUAUGAAGCAGCAAGAGACCCAGAUCAUGGGAGCUGGUUCAUCCAAUCUGUAUGCCAGCAGCUGAAGGAGGGCUGUCUAAGGGGUGAGGACAUCUACACUAUCUUUAACAAUGUGACGAAGGAAGUAAGCCAGAAAGACGGCAGAACCAAAAAAGGUCCAAUAAAGCAGGUGCCUGAAGUGAGGGGCACCCUGACGAAGACUCUUGUGUUGCCGCCACCACACAACUGAAGCUUAAUCUUCACAAAUCACGCAAAUAUUACAGUUUGUCUUGUAUUUAGGCUGUUUUUUAAAAAUGCACUUAUUUGUCUUUUAUCUGUCUUUGCACCCUAAAUCUUACAUUUUUUAAACAUCACAUUGAAUCAUUGCUUUUUAUGAUAUAGGUCUAUCUUAAUAAAUCUAUUUUGCACAAA